GUGGCCGGAAGUGGUAUGUAACCUGAUGCCGGUGAUGUGAGGCAAAGUCCGUCAGAGAAUCGUUAAACUAACGGAAAAUAAAGAGAUUUAAAGUAUGUCAGUGACAUUAAACUGACACAGCAGCUUUAUAGAAGUUACAUUUUUGACUAAGAAACUGUUUUAACAGAUUUAAAGACACAUUUCACGUUAAAGACGACUGAAGUUUAUCGCUAACGUUAGCUAACGCUGUUGUCUGAGUAGCUACCGACGCUAACGCGAGCUAACAAGAUUAGCUCUGUGGGAUUAACACAAAAUAAAGGUGUGCUGAUGGCCGUGAGGAGGAGCACCGGGUCGCGACACACCGGGGAGCUGUAAAGGAUGCUCCAGGGGCCGUACACCAGCCUGGACCGGGACCGUCCCCUCAUCCGGCUCCCUUUCACCAGCUUCGCCGUGGGGACGGUGCUGCUGCCUCUGACCGGCCUCAUCGCCUGCCUCUUCAUUUCACUGGUGUACCACUUUGAGGACGCAACGUUUACACACUGUCAUGUAUCAAACUACCUCCCGUCCAUUAGUGCCGCCAUCAGUCGUGUUCCAGAGCGCUACAUCUGGCGUAGCUGCAUCGGUCUGCACUCGGCGCCGCGCUACCUGGUGUCCGCAGCCUACUUCAGCUUCUACCGCGGCCGCUUUGCCAAAAGACUGCCGGAGCUGCUGCUGAGCGGGCUGGCUCUCCUCUGCAGCCUUGCCGAGAACACCGGCCUGCUGCUGCUCACAUACGUGGCGUCCACCGAAACCUACAAUGUUCACAAAAACGGUUUCAUCAUGUUCAUCGGGAGCUCGCUGGUGCACAUGCUCAUUACAUGCAGACUGUGGCAGGUGAUCAGGAGACACUAUGUGAACCCAGAGGAAAUGACAUCAUACCGCUGGAAGAUGCGUCUCUUCCUGUUUAACAUCAGCUGUUGUCUGGCUGCCGCUUACUUCUUCAGACGCCACAACAAGUACUGUGAGACAGGAGUCUACACCCUCUUCGCCUUCUUUGAGUACCUGGUGGUCUUCUCCAACAUGGCGUUCCACAUGACGGCGUUCUGGGACUUUGGGAGUAAAGAGGUGAUCGUGGCGACGCCUCCUGAAGACAAACGGUUCUGAGCCGCAGCCUCACCUGUGUACUGUUUAAAGAAAAGGUGAAAAGAAACCUGCCAACGAGACGCCAGGUCAAAGCUGCGUGUGAACACAUGAAGGCGUCCAACUGAUUACACUUCUCAUCAUUCCAACGACACGUCUGUGCUCUUACACCUGCUGAUGAAGCAGAGUCGUGACGGUGAUUAUGGUUCAAACAUUUUUAUAAAAAACUUCAGCGAUACCACAAAUGUCCUGAGCUCUGUGGAGGACGAAACAUGACUUAAGUAUCAAUAAAUAAAUACAGGAGUAAAUAAAUAAUUUAAUGACUAAAGAGAUAAAUAAAUGAAUAUAUAAAUAAAUGUAUAAAUACAAGAAUAAAUAAAUUAAUACAGAAAUAAAUAAUUAAA